CAAGUUACCAGUGUGAUCCACUUCCCAUCAUUUGGUUGCCGUUUUGAACAGCAAAGAUGAAAGUGGAAACGAGAAGUCGUUGGCAGUUUCCCUGCGUUGGUAUCCUUUUUCGUUUUCCAUUGACAAUAUACUUCUCUUGCAAUGCACGCGCUAAGCUUCAAUUGAGAAUUGGGUAGUUAGAUCAUCAUCAGAAGUUUUUGUAAUUCCCUGACUUGAAUUCCUCAAAACCCAGAUUUUGGCAUUGGCCAGAUGAUCACCAUGUCAAGGAAACCUGACUUAUAUCCCUCGACAUGUGGCACAUUGGAGUUUCUUUGACUUGGUGGAAAUUGGAAUGGAAAAGCAAAGAAUAGAUGACCAUGAACCAGGGCCACUUCCUUCACCAAAAAAAUUGGACAGAUUUGGCUUUUUAAAGCAAGAGCUUAAUAAUUCUCCUGAAGGCUUAACCAAGGGCAGGUCAGCCUAUGAAUUUGAAAGGGAGGAAAGAAGGGUAAGGAAAUGGAGGAAGAUGAUUGGAGUUGGAGGAAGCGAUUGGAAGCAUUAUGUUAGGAGGAAAUCUCAUGUGGUUAAGAGACGUACAAGGAAGGGAAUUCCAGAUUGUUUAAGGGGUCUUGUUUGGCAGUUGAUCUCUGGAAGUCGAGACCUUUUGCUGAUGAAUCCUGGGGUUUAUGAGCAAUUAGUCAUAUAUGAGACAUCAACAUCAGAGCUGGAUAUAAUUCGAGAUAUUUCUCGCACCUUCCCUUCACAUGUUUUCUUCCAGCAAAGACAUGGACCUGGUCAAAGGUCCCUCUACAAUGUUUUGAAGGCGUACUCAGUCUUUGAUAGAGAAGUUGGAUAUGUUCAGGGAAUGGGCUUUUUAGUUGGUUUAUUGCUUCUCUAUAUGAGUGAAGAGGAUGCAUUUUGGUUGUUGGUUGCAUUACUGAAAGGAGCUGUCCAUGCUCCAAUGCAAGGCUUAUAUCAGGCGGGACUGCCUCUUGUACAACAAUAUCUUUUUCAGUUUGAUCACUUGGUGAAGGAGCAUAUGCCAAAGCUGGGAGAGCAUUUCACCCAAGAAAUGAUAAAUCCGAGCAUGUAUGCAAGUCAGUGGUUUAUAACUGUUUUCUCCUACUCUUUUCCAUUUCAUUUGGCUCUUCGAAUUUGGGAUGUGUUUCUGUAUGAGGGAGUUAAAAUUGUUUUCAAAGUGGGUUUGGCUCUGUUGAAAUAUUGCCAUGAUGACUUGGUAAGAUUACCCUUCGAGAAACUCAUACAUGCUUUGCGUAACUUUCCUGAGGAUGCAUUGGAUCCAGAAACAUUGUUACCAAUUGCUUACUCAUUCAAGGUCUCCAAGCGAUUGGAAGAAUUGAAACGAGAAUAUGACAAGAAGAAUGAAAAGGUAGUUCAACCUCCAGAAUCUUGUGGAAACCAGAAACUGUAGCAAUGAAGAUUUUUUUUUUUUUUCUCUCUUUUUCUUUUUGUUUUAAGUAUGUAAUUUUUCACACUCGAAUUGGAUUGGAGUAAUAUUCAGUAAAGUCAUUGCAACAAUAACAACUCCAUCUCUCUUCUUUUGAGGAGCCCUGCCUUGGCUCAACUA